CAGAGGCAGUAGGUGAGGUCUGCCAUGAGUGCCAAAGUGGAGCUGGAUGUUUCAGCCAAAAAAGCAGAUCCCACUCCCCUCACUGACUCCAGUGAUUCCCUCUCCAAUGACAGUCUGUCAAAUAAGACACGCCCACAGACCACCACAGCACUCAUCCUGCCAGGUGAGAUAAGGCCACCAUAACUCUUCUGGAACUAUGACACUCAAUAGCGUACCGUAAUGAAUUGCACCCUGAACAUUUUUCAACUCAGAGAUAUGCUGCACAAUGUCAUAAAUGUUGACAAACCAGAGAGGGUACAUACUACCCUCCUACUAGUCUCACGUAGCUAUAUCAUAUCUUCACAUUCGCUCAGAACUCAGAAGCCUGGCUCUUCUCUCCCCAGCCCCUGCUCCCAGUACCCAGAAGGUGGAGGUCUCUCUGGGUGUUGCUGAGGCAGGUAAUGGAGCCAUAGCUGGAGAGGUGGAGACCCCCACUCUAGCCCCCCAGGUUGGGGGGACCUGUAGCAUCGUCCAUGUGCUGGAGUGGAAAGAAGGGAUGGCCAUCUUACCCAGCAGCAACCUAAAGGUGAAUGACCAUCGUAUGGUCUCAUGACCAUCGUGUUUUAUUAGAAGCAUAGGGUUCUCUGCUAAAUUAUGUAAAUGUUAGUAAGCGUUGGAGUAAAGACGCACCAUGUGUGCACAUGGUUGAAAUCUGUGUCUUUUUCAGUUCUGUGUGAGUGACUGUGGAACACUGGAGAUUAUCAGCCAAGGGAAUAUCAGCAGCGCUGAACCAGUAGUGGUGUCUGGAAAAAUACCUGACUCCGAAAACAGGCCAAUUAACAAAUCAGGUAGGCUACUGAAAAUUAGUAAUACUGUGUGUUGUCUGCAGCUUAACAGUCUCUUAACUAAACCGUAAUGGAAAUUAACUAGCACGUUCAAACAUAUUUUUAUUUCAAGAAUUAUCCACAUAAAGAAUUUGCAACCCCGAAUGCAAUCCUUUCCUAAUCCUAACCUGACAUAAUGCCUCCAUUGUAGAUGUGUUGUGUCCUCUCAGCUCUGUGGGUGGUGUGGCUGUGGACCAGGAGAGGCCCAUCACGACUGAGCCUAAGACCCAGGGAGGGCCAGGCAAACAGGAGAGCUGUGAUCCCAUGGCACAGAGAACCUACCCAGAGCAACUACGCAGGGAACCCAUGACUGACAAGUAAGUACUGAAGCGUGAAGCCUAUCCACACAUGAUCAAAUUAAUGUAUGAAAACAUCCUUUUACUAUAAAAAGUGUAUUUUACGCUAAAUUAAAAUCAAGGAUGCAUCAUACGCAUACAGUGGAUGCUCAGACACAAGAAUAUACAGUGAGGGAAAAAGGUAUUUGAUCCCCUGCUGAUUUUGUACGUUUGCCCACUGACAAAGAGAUGAUCAGUCUAUAAUUUUAAUGGUAGGUUUAUUUGAACAGUGAGAGACAGAAUAACAACAAAAAAAUCCAGAAAAACACAUGUCAAAAAUGUUAUGAAUUGAUUUGCAUUUUAAUGAGGGAAAUAAGUAUUUGACCCCUCUGCAAAACAUGACUUAGUACUUGGUGGCAAAACCCUUGUUGGCAAUCACAGAGGUCAGACAUUUCUUGUAGUUGGCCACCAGGUUUGCACACAUCUCAGGAGGGAUUUUGUCCCACUCCUCUUUGCAGAUCUUCUCCAAGUCAUUAAGGUUUCGAGGCUGACGUUUGGCAACUCGAACCUCAAGCUCCCUCCACAGAUUUUCUAUGGGAUUGAAGUCUGGAGACUGGCUAGGCCACUCCAGGACCUUAAUGUGCUUCUUCUUGAGCCACUCCUUUGUUGCCUUGGCCAUGUGUUUUGGGUCAUUGUCAUGCUGGAAUACUCAUCCACAACCCAUUUUCAAUGCCCUGGCUGAGGGAAGGAGGUUCUCACCCAAGAUUUGACGGUACAUGGCCCCGUCCAUCGUCCCUUUGAUGCGGUGAAGUUGUCCUGUCCCCUUAGCAGAAAAACACUCCCAAUGCAUAAUGUUUCCACCUCCAUGUUUGACGGUGGGGAUGGUGUUCUUGGGGUCAUAGGCAGCAUACCUCCUCCUCCAAACACGGCGAGUUGAGUUGAUGCCAAAGAGCUCGAUUUUGGUCUCAUCUGACCACAACACUUUCACCCAGUUCUCCUCUGAAUCAUUCAGAUGUUCAUUGGCAAACUUCAGACGGGCCUGUAUAUGUGCUUUCUUGAGCAGGGGGACCUUGCGGGCGCUGCAGGAUUUCAGUCCUUCACGGCGUAGUGUGUUACCAAUUGUUUUCUUGGUGACUAUGGUCCCAGCUGCCUUGAGAUCAUUGACAAUAUCCUCCCGUGUAGUUCUGGGCUGAUUCCUCACCGUUCUCAUGAUCAUUGCAACUCCACGAGGUGAGAUUACGUUUUACAUUUACAUUUUCGUCAUUUAGCAGACACUCUUAUCCAGAGCGACUUACAAAUUGGUGCAUUCACCUUAUGAUUGCCAGUGGGACAACCACUUUACAAUAGUAUUUUUUUGGGGUGGGGUAAGGGGGUUUAGAAGGAUUACUUUAUCCUAUCCCAGAUAUUCCUUAAAGAGGUGGGGUUUCAAGUGUCUCCGGAAGGUGGUGAGUGACUCCGCUGUCCUGGCGUCGUGAGGGAGCUUGUUCCACCAUUGGGGUGCCAGAGCAGCGAACAGUUUUGUCUGGGCUGAGCGGGAACUGUGCUUCCGCAGAGGUAGGGGAGCCAGCAGGCCAGAGGUGGAUGAACGUAGUGCCCUCGUUUGGGUGUAGGGACUGAUCAGAGCCUGAAGGUACGGAGGUGCCGUUCCCCUCACAGCUCCGUAAGAUCUUGCAUGGAGCCCCAGGCCGAGGGAGAUUGACAGUUAUUUUGUGUUUCUUCCAUUUGCAAAUAAUCGCACCAACUGUUGUCACCUUCUCACCAAGCUGCUUGGCGAUGGUCUUGUAGCCCAUUCCAGCCUUGUGUAGGUCUACAAUCUUGUCCCUGACAUCCUUGGAGAGCUCUUUGGUCUUGGCCAUGGUGGAGAGUUUGGAAUCUGAUUGAUUGCUUCUGUGGACAGGUGUCUUUUAUACAGGUAACAAGCUGAGAUUAGGAGCACUCACUUUAAGAGUGUGCUCCUAAUCUCAGCUCGUUGCCUGUAUAAAAGACACCUGGGAGCCAGAAAUCUUUCUGAUUGAGAGGGGGUCAAAUACUUAUUUCCCUCAUUAAAAUGCAAAUCAAUUUAUAACAUUUUUGACAUGCGUUUCUCUGGAUUUUUUUGUUGUUAUUCUGUCUCUCACUGUUCAAAUAAACCUACCAUUAAAAUUAUAGACUGAUCAUUUCUUUGUCAGUGGGCAAACGUACAAAAUCAGCAGGGGAUCAAAUCUUUUUUUCCCUCACUGUAUUAACCACCAUGCAGAAGAUGUAAUGUAGGUCAUAGAUAGCCUAAGGCAAAGCUUUGUGUAGUGGACUCAACUAUUCUCUUAUCUGUCCCUUAGGAGGGUGGGAGGUGCAGAGAAGAUUCCUGGGGGCAGGGUAGCGUCUCUGGACCCUGAGCUGCUGAAACCCAUGAAGAAGAGGAAGAGGAAGGACUACCUGAGUCCAUCGGAGGAAGAGUCUGAACUGGAUGGCAUGGUGGGAAUCGCUCGAGGGUCACUCGAUCCCACAUAAUGCAUUCACAAUUUAGUAGUAUUUUUUUUUGUAAUAAGUAAAUGAGCUCACAUGCAUGUGAUGGCCAUAUGCAUCAAUCAAUUAUUUUGUUCAGUACUACUCAUGCUGUAGGUACUUUGUCUUUGUUGUAGUAAAUCGAUGUGUUGUAUUUGGGGUUCUAGGAUUAUUUGAAGACAGAAAGCGGACACAACAGAGCGGGUGAGAAUCAGCAAAAAUGUAUACAAAAUGUAAACCCAUUUGAACCAUAUAUUCAAGUCAUGUUUCUGUUGAAUCAGAUCUCCAAUCUGCUUUGUGUUGUGUUUUCUGUCUGUGUACAACAGGUACUGGUGAAGUUAAGAUGGAGCUGUGGACUUGGGGACAGUAUCUGGAGGAGGUCAAAGCAGUGGCAGCUCCAGCCAAACUCUUUCAAGAGGUGGGUUUUAUUAACUUUCGAUACAUACUAAAUGAUAGGGCCGGGACAAUACCAGUAUCACAAUACUAGUUAGUAUCAUGGCAAGGAAAGAAAACACGAAGUGGAUUCAACUUCUUUAGGAAAAUAGUCAUAAUGUUGGAAACAACAUCAUUAUGUUGUCAUCCAGAGUCACAUUGAUUUAUUUUCCAAUCUAUGGCACACAUUAUUUUACAUACAGCAGGUUUCUAAAGGACCAAAGAGUUGGGUCUGCUUUGUGUUUUCAUAUUUGCCAUGGAAAAACUAUUGCGAUACUGGUAUCGUCACUGCCCUACUAAAUUAGAGAACAAAAGUUAAUAUUCUUUGCAAAUUAAAUUGUGAGUGUGCAUGUGUGUGUGCAUGAAUGUGUCUAUGGCUUCUCUCACUAUGACCCCCUGUAUUUCCAGGCUCAGAGGGUCCCACAGUGCAAAAGCAGCUUCCGCCAGGGCAUGAAGUUAGAGGGCGUCGACCCCCAGCACCCCUCCAUGUACUUUGUUCUGACUGUGGCUGAGGUACUGUGUGCAGCGCUGCUCAACCUACAGUCGCAUGCUCUUUGAGGUUUGCUUCUACCUCUCUCCCUGUCCUGACUGUUUUGCUUCAUACACACUACACACUCUGACUGUACACACUGAUUAAUCCUCAGAGAGAGACGGAUCCACAUAACUGAGGAAAGACACGGAGAGAGAGAGAUUUGGGGAGACAUGGUUUGACUUCUGUCUGUCUUGUCCUGUUUGUAGGUUUGUGGCUACAGGCUGCGGCUCCAUUUUGACGGCUACUCAGACUGUCAUGACUUCUGGGUAAAUGCCAACUGCCCUGACAUCCACCCGGCGGGAUGGUGUGAGAGCACUGGACACAAACUGUACACCCCCAAAGGUCAGAGUAUACUGGGCUUUAGUUUGUGGUUGGGCUGCAAUUUGGACUCUGAUUUGUUUCCUGUUCACAUUUAGAUUAUGGCGCAGAUCAUUCGCCCAAGCACCUAAGGAUCUGAAUCAUAAAGUAAUGAAUGAGAAUGGCCUUAUUAGAGUAGUGGUCCAGGGACAUGUCCGUAUCAUAUGUUUGUGUCUGUGUCAUAGGCUGCAAAGAGGAGGAGUUCUCCUGGGCCAGCUACCUGAGAAUGAGUAAAGCACAAGUUGCCCCUAAAGAGGUGUUUUCCAGCCCUGGAAGAGUAAGUCUAAGCAUGACUCUUAUCCUCAAUCAGUGGCAUGCAUCUACCUGAAGUAACUAACUGUAAGCGGCUAAUGUGGUGUGUUUGUGUUGGUGGCCCACUGGUCAGACUGAUACGGAGUGUGGUUUCGAGGUGGGCAUGAAGCUGGAGGCGGUCGACCGCAUGAACCCCUCUCUCAUCUGCGUGGCGACCGUGACCGACGUGGUGGACGACCGCUUCCUGGUUCACUUUGAUAACUGGGAUGACACGUAUGACUAUUGGUGAGGCCAUUAUUUCAUGUCUUUUCAUGACUUCUCUAAAUCAUGAACUGUGCUGUUUUAGUAGCCAUGAUGCCAUGAUUUAAAUUCUAAUCUGAUUAGUCGAUGUUGAAUUACCCCAUUCAGGUGUGACGCCAGCAGUCCAUACAUCCAUCCUAUUGGCUGGUGCCAAGAGAGGAGCCUCCCCCUCACGCCACCUCAAGGUGACUGACAAAGUUGUAAGAAAUAAUAUAGAUCUAAGAAGUGAAAUAUAGGGAAUACGGUGGCAUUUCACACACACCUAUGAACUGUGUCCCAUGUGCCCUGUCUGUCCUGUCAGGUUACCCAGACCCAGGCAGGUUCUCCUGGCCAAGGUACCUGGACGAGACUGGUUCUACCGCGGUGUCUUCUGAGGCCUUUAAAGUGGUACAUCACUGCGGAUUUGUUGCAAUGAAUACCACCAUACACUGUGGUCAUUUCAGAAAUUGAUAAAUACAAUUGACUUGACUUGAAUCCUUUUUUGUGGGGUAAAGUGGAGUUGUGAACAUAAUUACUAUUUUGAAAUGAACUAUAGGGACUGAUUUGAGGUCAGGUGUUGUGCCGUUGUUUGAUGACGAUGUGACCCUCCGCUCCGCAGCGUCCUGCUCAUGGCUUCCAGGCUCAGAUGAAGCUGGAGGCAGUGGACAGAAGGAGCCCCGGCCUGAUCCGGGUGGCCACAGUGGAGGAGGUCGACACCCACCGCAUUAAGGUCAACCAGUAGUGUGCGUGUGUGCAUGUCUCAUGGUUGUAUGUACCAGUGCCACUACUACAGUCGUGGUCAAAAGUUUUGAGAAUGACACAAAUAUUAAUUUUCACAAAGUCUGCUGCCUCAGUUUUUAUGAUGACAAUUUGCAUAUACUCUAGAAUGUUAUGAAGAGUGAUCAGAUUAAUUGCAAAGUCCCUCUUUGCCAUGAAAAUGAACUUAAUCCCCCCAAAAACAUUUCCACUGCAUUUCAGCCCUGCCACAAAAGGACCAGCUGACAUCAUGUCAGUGAUUCUGUCAUUAACACAGGUGAGAGUGUUAACGAGGACAAGGCUGGAGAUCACUCUGUCAUGCUGAUUGAGUUAGAAUAACAGACUGGAAGCUUUAAAAGGAGGGCUGUGCUUGAAAUCAUUGUUCUUCUUCUGUUAACCAUGGUUACCUGCAAGGAAACACGUGCCGUCAUCAUUGAUUUGCACAAAAAGGGCUUCACAGGCAAGGAUAUUGCUGCUAGUAAGAUUGCACCUAAAUCAACCAUUUAUCGGAUCAUCAAGAACUUCAAGGAGAGAGGUUCAACUGUUGUGAAGAAGGCUUCAGGGCGCCCAAGAAAGUCCAGCAAGCGCCAGGACCGUCUCCUAAAGUUGAUUCAGCUGCGGGAUCGGGGCACCACCAGUGCAGAGCUUGCUCAGGAAUGGCAGCAGACAGGUGUGAGUGCAUCUGCACGCACAUUGAGGCAAAGACUUUUGGAGGAUGGCCUGGUGUCAAGAAGGGCAGCGAGGAAGCCACUUCUCUCCAGGAAAAACAUCAGGGACAGACUGAUAUUCUGCAAAAGGUACAGGGAUUGGACUGCUGAGGACUGGGGUAAAGUCAUUUUCUCUGAUGAAUCCCCUUUCCGAUUGUUUGGGGCAUCUGGAAAAAAGCUUGUCCGGAGAAGACAAGGUGAGCACUACCAUCAGUCCUGUGUCAUGCCAACAGUAAAGCAUCCUGAGACCAUUCAUGUGUGGGGUUGCUUCUCAGCCAAGGGAGUGGGCUCACUCACAAUUUUGCCUAAGAACACAGCCAUGAAUAAAGAAUGGUACCAACACAUCCUCCGAGAGCAACUUCUCCCAACCAUCCAAGAACAGUUUGGUGACGACCAAUGCCUUUUCCAGCAUGAUGGAGCACCUUGCCAUAAGGCAAAAGUGAUAACUAAGUGUCUCGGUGAACAAAACAUCGACAUUUUCGGUCCAUGGCCAGGAAACUCCCCAGACCUUAAUCCCAUUGAGAACUUGUGGUCAAUCCUCAAGAGGCGGGUGGACAAACAAAAACCCACAAAUUCUGACAAACUCCAAGCAUUGAAUAUGCAAGAAUGGGCUGCCAUCAGUCAGGAUGUGGUCCAGAAGUUAAUUGACAGCAUGCCAGGGCGGAUUGCAGAGGUCUUGAAAAAGAAGGGUCAACACUGCAAAUAUUGACUCUUUGCAUAAACUUAAUGUAAUUGUCAAUAAAAGCCGUUGACACUUAUGGAAUGCUUGUAAUUAUACUUCAGUAUACCAUAGUAACAUCUGACAAAAAUAUCUAAAAACAUUGAAGCAGCAAACUUUGUGAAGACCAAUACUUGUGUCAUUCUCAAAACGUUUGACCACGACUGUACACUCCCAUAACUAUGUGAUAAUAUACCAUACUCCCACAGGUCCAUUUUGAUGGCUGGAGUCAUAUGUAUGAUGAUUGGAUGGACUCGGACCACCCUGACAUCCACCCAGUCGGCUGGUGUGAGAGUACAGGUCACCCGCUAAAAGUGCCCCCCCGUGAGUCCAACAAAACCCAACAUCUUGGUAACAGCUACCAUACUUCCCUGACUCUACUUCACCUUGGUAUGAGUGCUUACAUGUUCUGUUUGGGUUGUGUGCGUAUGCUUGGGUGCGUGUGUGUGUUUUUUUUAUAAGGCCCCAGGGAACCUGCAACCACAGGCCAGUCCAGUUUCUCCUCCAUGCCUUGCAAAGGAAUCAGCCACUCCAGAUCCACCAAGUACAGCUUCCAUCACAGGUCAGUAACCCCCAGAAAUAGGUAUUUGAAACGCCUAUGAAACAGUUAAUGGAAGUGGAUAUGUGUUCCAUACCAAUGCUAUGAUUAUGUUAUAAUGAUGUUAUAAUGGAGUCAACCCUAUUGUUUGAAACAGGAAGUGUCCGACACCCGGAUGUGAUGGCUCGGGUCAUGUGACUGGGCGGUUCACAGCACAUCACUGUCUGUCAGGCUGCCCACUGGCUGAGCGAAACCAGGGCAGACUCAAGACCGACCUAUCAGAUGCAGAGGGGAGCAGAGCAAAGCGGAGCAUCUUAGUCUUUGGCCAAAGGACCAAAAAGUCCCGGUACCAUGGCAGGUAAGCCUCAUGUCAACAGUGGCUAAGGCUGUUGUAUGAGGUCAGACUCAGGAGACAUAGUGGUGUAUUGAUCUGCUACUGUAGCCCCCGUUCUCACCAGUGUCUCUCGUUCUCUAUUGUCAGGAUUGGCCGUCCCCCUAAGUACAGAAAAAUCCAGCAGAGAACAUACCAGAGUGAGUCUCACAGCUUUAAGCUUUGUACAUUUACAGUGAGGGAAAAAAGUAUUUGAUUCCCUGCUGAUUUUGUACGUUUGCCCACUGACAAAGAAAUGAUCAGUCUAUAAUUUUUAUGGUAGGUUUAUUUGAACAGUGAGAGACAGAAUAACAAAAAAUAAAUCCAGAGAAACGCAUGUCAAAAAUGUUCUAAAUUGAUUUGCAUUUUAAUGAGGGAAAUAAGUAUUUGACCCCCUCUCAAUCAGAAAGAUUUCUGGCUCCCAGGUGUCUUUUAUGCAGGUAACGAGCUGAGAUUAGGAACACACUCUUAAAGGGAGUGCUCCUAAUCUCAGCUUGUUACCUGUAUAAAAGACACCUGUCCACAGAAGCAAUCAAUCAAUCAGAUUCCAAACUCUCCACCAUGGCCAAAACCAAAGAGCUCUCCAAGGAUGUCAGGGACAAGAUUGUAGACCUACACAAGGCUGGAAUGGGCUACAAGACCAUCGCCAAGCAGCUUGGUGAGAAGGUGACAACAGUUGGUGCAAUUAUUCGCAAAUGGAAGAAACACAAAAGAACUGUCAAUCUCCCUCGGCCUGGGGCUCCAUGCAAGAUCUCACCUCGUGGAGUUGCAAUGAUCAUGAGAACGGUGAGGAAUCAGACCAGAACUACACGGGAGGAUCUUGUCAAUGAUCUCAAGGCAGCUGGGACCAUAGUCACCAAGAAAACAAUUGGUAACACACUACGCCGUGAAGGACUGAAAUCCUGCAGCGCCCACAAGGUCCCCCUGCUCAAGAAAGCACAUAUACAUGCCCGUCUAAAGUUUGCCAAUGAACAUCUGAAUGAUUCAGAGGAGAACUGGGUAAAAGUGUUGUGGUCAGAUGAGACCAAAAUGGAGCUCUUUGGCAUCAACUCAACUCACUGUGUUUGGAGGAGGAGGAAUGCUGCCUAUGACACCAAGAACACCAUCCCCACCGUCAAACAUGGAGGUGGAAACAUUAUGCUUUGGGGGUGUUUUUCUGCUAAAGGGACAGGACAACUUCACCGCAUCAAAGGGACGAUGGACGGGGCCAUGUACCGUCAAAUCUUGGGUGAGAACCUACUUCCCUCAGCCAGGGCAUUGAAAAUGGGUCGUGGAUGGGUAUUCCAGCAUGACAAAAACACACGGCCAAGGCAACAAAGGAGUGGCUCAAGAAGAAGCACAUUAAGGUCCUGGAGUGGCCUAGACCUUAAUCCCAUAGAAAAUCUGUGGAGGGAGCAGAAGGUUCGAGUUGCCAAACGUCAGCCUCGAAACCUUAAUGACUUGGAGAAGAUCUGCAAAGAGGAGUGAGACAAAAUCCCUCCUGAGAUGUGUGCAAACCUGGUGGCCAACUGCAAGAAACGUCUGACCUCUGUGAUUGGCAACAAGGGUUUUGCCACCAAGUACUAAGUCAUGUUUUGCAGAGGGGUCAAAUACUUAUUUCCCUCAUUAAAAUGCAAAUCAAUUUAUAACAUUUUUUACAUGCGUUUUUCUGGAUUAUUUUGUUGUUAUUCUGUCUCUCACUGUUCAAAUAAACCUACCAUUAAAAUUAUACACUGAUCAUGUCUUUGUCAGUGGGCAAACGUACAAAAUCAGCAGGGGAUCAAAUAUUUUUUUCCCUCACUGUAUGUCUAUGGUCGCACUUUGAUUCUCUAAGGCAGCUAUGAGUUUACUGCAUCCAUACAGUAUGUUUACAUGCAUUAAUAUGUGUGUGUGUGUUUUCCCUGUGCUGCAGCGAUGGCCACAGAGGGUAUGUGCCCGUCUCUGUUCAUGUCUGCUUUGUCAGCCCACCCGGACCGAACCCUGUCUCUGUGCUGGGAGCAACACUGCAAACUGCUGCCUGGCGUCCAGGGCAUCCAUGCGACACAGGUGGCAGCAUGGACCGUGGAGGAGGUGAGAGCUGUACUGCUCGGCCCUAUUUAUCUUUGGCUGCAAACGGUGGACCAGAGUACAUCAGUCACUCUUCUUUGUGUUCUGUGUAACAGGUCUUUGGAUUUGUCCAGAAUCUGACUGGUUGUGAAGAGCAAGCCUGUGUCUUCAAAGAGGAAGUGAGUACAAUGUUAAUUGAUAAGUUAAAGGUCCAAUGCAACCAUUUCUAUCUUAAUAUCAAAUCCUUUCUGGAUAAGAAUUAAGUACCUUGCUGUGCUUGUUUUCAAUUAAAAUGGUCAAAAAGAAACAAAAAUAUCUUCUUAGACAAAUGCAAUUUCUCAAGCAAGAAUUUUGCUAGGACUGUCCAAGAGAGGGGCCUAAUUGGAGGAGCCUAAUGGGAGGGAUGUGUAACCUGAAAACUAGCUGUUAUUGGCAGAGAGGAGGGCAAACUCUCUUUGUUAUUGGUCUAUCAACUGCAAUUGAUUUUGUUAGUCAUUCUCACUCAGAUAUAUUAACAUGGCAUAAGUCAUUAUAAAAUGUGUAGAAUUGCAGGAAAUUAGCUUUAAAACUGCAAAAAAAUCUCUCCACCCCAUGGCAAAAUGUGUAGAAUUGCAGGAAAUGUGUUGUAAAAUUGCAACGUUUUCUCUCCGCCCCAUGGCAAAAAAAAUUGAAUUGCAGGAAAUGAACUGAUCAAUUUAAAAUGUUCUCUCCACCAUCAAGAGGGGGCGCCUUUACAUUUUUUUGCGAGUUUGUGGGGGGCGGGGGGCCCAACCAAAUCUUGCUUAGGGCCUCCAAAAGUCCUCUAUUGUUAUUUUUGUUUGUAUGAUUUACUUUUUUUAAAUACCUGCUUCUUGUAUAUUUCUUCUUAGAUGAUUGACGGAGAGGCCUUCCUAUUACUGACACAGACUGACAUCGUCAAAAUCAUGAGCAUCAAGCUCGGUCCAGCCCUCAAGAUCUCUAACGCCAUUUUAAUGUUCAAGAGUACUGACGAAGGCCUCAAGUGAUCCCACCCCCACUUGGCCAGAUAUUCAGUGACCAAUCAUCAUGUGCCAAAUUCAUCCAGAAUCCUACCCCUGUUAUGUGUUUGGUGUUCAGUACCCAUCAGAGAGAGAGAGAACAGUAGAGGGGAGUGAGCGAUGAGAGAGAGUGGAGUUAGAGGGGGAAAGAGAUGGGGGGACAGAACUGAGAGACGAAGAAAACAGGGAAAAGUAUAAUUGAAGUUUUCUAUAAGGUUGCUUCACUGCUCAUGCAAUAAAAGGAGUCAAAUCAGAUGGAUUCUUACCUGAAAGUGUAAGGAGCGUCGAAAUAUAUACUUAUUUUCAUUUAUGCAAAAUAUAUGGAAUUAUUUAUGUGGGAUUUAGUUAGAUGAAAUUAUGGUAUUUUACUGCCAUGCUUUUUCACAUAUUUGACAUCCAGGGGGAUUUUAUUCUGCUGUUCCUAUAGUUGGUCCAUGAUAGAGCAAAUGGUCAGUUUUGAAUACCAGAAACGGUUUCAAGUUUCUCAAGCACUUACAGAUAUUAUGUGACAUGGUCAAUAUCAUGUUUCAAAAUAUGAAAUUUGUUUGGAACAUUUCAAAAAGGUUACAUUUUCAGUCAGAAAUAUCAAGAUAUCUGGGGAUUUAUUGUUUUAUGUCGGUUUUAUAUUUUAUGUAGAAUUAUGCACUGUAUUUAAAUAGAAUGUUACAAGGGCUUCAGGAUUCUUAGAACUAUAUUUCUCUCUGGUGGGCAAACUGUGUCAAGAUAUUCUUGGGUCAAAAUCAUUCAUUCCAUAUGAACAAAUAAAUGUCCAGUUCAAUCUC